AUUUUGGGAACAAUCGAAGAAGAUCAGCCAGCGCCUAUCACAAACCUCACGGAAGCAAAAAUGGACACACGCCUAAUUCCCACCCUUGUUGUCGUCGUGCCGCUGGAAUUUUGGUCAUCGUGUCGAUCCGAAAGAGUGCCAUCUCAGACCUUUGGGUGAACGAGCGCACGUCCUGUGCACCAGAGACAAGGGCUCCCGGUCUCUUGAACUGAGCCUCCACCGUUCGAGAUGCCUCGUGAUGCGACUAGAAUAGCAUUGGAUGUUGCAUUCUUCGCUGCGUCCCAGGUCGCAUUCUACUAUGCGCUUCGAUACAUGCUCUCCUCGAUGGAUUCGCCCGGUUCAUCGUCCAAGAAAGCCAGACAAAAGGGUCAAAAACUGUUGACAGAAUCCGGGCUAUCGGAUGAACAACUGGAGGCGCUAGACCUCGACGAGUACGAAACGACGAUAGCGGGGGAAAUCAUACCUCCGGCUAGUAUAGACGUCACGUUUGAAAGUAUCGGUGGACUAGACGAGAUCAUUGCGAGCUUGAGAGAGACCGUGAUCUACCCUUUGACUUUUCCGGAACUCUUUGCCGGGGCCAAUCGCUUAUUGAGCGCGCCCAAAGGUGUGCUAUUGUACGGACAUCCAGGAUGUGGAAAAACCAUGCUUGCCAAGGCCUUGGCUAAAGAGAGCGGCGCAACAUUUAUCAACCUUCCAUUGUCGAGCUUGACGAACAAGUGGUUCGGAGAAUCCAAUAAGCUCGUAGCCGGCUUAUUCUCCCUCGCCAGAAAGGUUCAACCCUGUAUAAUAUUCAUAGACGAAAUUGACUCACUAUUCCGCGAGCGGUCGGCCGGAGAUCAUGAAGUCACAUCGAUGAUGAAGGCGGAAUUCAUGACGAUGUGGGACGGUCUGACAACGGACAAGGAGACCCGUAUAUUGGUGCUUGGCGCAACAAAUCGUCCAAAUGACAUCGACCCGGCCAUUUUGAGGCGUAUGCCCAAGCGAUUCCCUAUCAAGCUCCCUAAUCUGGAUCAACGCAUCAAGAUUCUGACCUUGAUGUUGGCACAUACCAAACUCGCGCCAAAUUUCUCAAUCCAGGCUCUCGCCCGACGCACAGACGGUCUAUCAGGCUCUGAUCUUCGCGAGACCUGUCGGAACGCAGCGAUGGCUCCUGUGCGAGAGUUGAUGCGGGAGAAAGGUAAAUCAGGGAAAGAGGGUCUCGAGGCGGCGCGGAAGGAGGGAUUCAAAGUCCGCCCGUUACGCAUGGAGGACUUUGUUCUGCACGACUCGCAUGCUUAUGCCCAUGUCGAAUCGAGUCGUAGACCGCCAGGCGCAUACGGCGAGGCUGUCGAUUGAUGUUAUCCUGU